GGCGGGAGCGCUGCGGAGCGCAGUCUGAGCGGCGGCCGGGGCGUGCGGGCACCGCCGGCUUUAGGGACAGCUCCCCCGACCGCUGCCAUGAGCGGCCCCUCCAGCCCGAGCUCCCCGCCGCCCGGGGAGAGCCCUUCCAGGCGGCCCCUCGGGCUGGACCUGCUGCGCUGCCCCUGCUGCCGCCUGCUCCUCUGGGAGCCGGUGACCGCGUCCUGCGGCCACUCCUUCUGCAAGCCGUGCCUCGGCGGGGCCGGGCCGUCCCGCUGCCCGCUGUGCCAGGAGCGGCUGGAGCUGCUGGGCGUCGGGGCGGCCAGGUGCAGCGUGGUGCUGUGCGGGAUCCUGGAGCGAUGCGUGCAGCGGCAGCGGCGGCUGGCCGGGCUGGCGGAGCGCGUCCGCGACCGCCUCGCCCGCGGGGACGCGCGGGAGGCGCUGAGGAUGGCGCAGAGAGGGGUCGAGCUGGCCCUGGACUGCAGCUCCCUGCGGCUGUGCCGGGCAGAGGCGUUCGUGGCACUGGGGCAGUAUCCUCAGGCACUGGAGGACCUGGAUGCUGUGUGCAGGGCUGAGCCUGGAGACCACCAGGCCUUCUUCAGGAAAGGGAAGGUGCUUCUGGAGAUGGGACAGAGAGCUGAAGCCCUGCUGGCCUGGGAGCACUGCUUGACACUCAGUCCCCAUUUCCAGCUGGCUCGGAGAGAGAUGGAGAAGAUCCUCGGGGAAGCCGAUGCUCCUCAGCCACACACGGCUGCUGCACACCUGGGUGAUGCUCACCUGAGCUCAGCUGGUUCCCAGGUUGGUGGAGGGAGCACAGCACUCCCAUCUUCCACACAAGCUCAGGAUCAGGAGAGAGAGCUGGCAGAUGGCCGAGGGGGUGCUGGGUCUGAGCACUGCCAGGGUACAGCCACCCCUUCCCAGCCGGGGCGACAGCAAGAACCAGAGACUUCGGCAGAGAGUCAGGGCCAGUGGUUGUUGGAUAACAAGGAGGAAACAGCAGCAGCGAAGUGUACCCAGCCAUGCCUCGGGGAGUCACUGAGCAUCUCUGACUUGGAGUGCUCCCUCUGCAUACGGAUGUUCUUUGAGCCAGUGACGACGCCCUGUGGUCACACCUUCUGCAAGGAGUGCCUCGAACGCUGCCUGGACCACCGGCCCAACUGCCCCCUCUGCAAACAGAGCCUGAGAGAGUACCUGAAGGCUGGGAGGUACAGCCCCACGGUGCUGCUGCAGGACAUCAUGCUGGCCACCUUCCCCACACAGCUGGCUGAGCGCCGGGAGCUGCACCGGGCAGAGAUGGCAGAGCUCUCCAACCUGACCAAGAACAUCCCCAUCUUCGUGUGCACGAUGUCCUUCCCUGGCAUCCCCUGCCCUCUGCAUGUCUUCGAGCCUCGGUACCGCCUGAUGAUCCGGCGGUGCCAGGAGAGUGGCUCCAGGAGGUUCGGCAUGUGCAUAUAUGAGAAUGGGAAAAGCUUUGCUGACUACGGCUGCAUGCUGGAGAUCCGUCAGGUGGAGCUGCUGGCGGACGGGAGGUCCUUGGUGGACACCAUCGGCCGGCAGCGGUUCCGGGUGCUGAGCCGCGGGCACAGGGAUGGCUACCACACUGCUGACAUCGAGUACCUGGAGGACAGGAAGGUGUCUGGGGAGGAGCUGCAGGAGCUGCAGUGCCUGCACGAGAGCACCUAUCGCCUGGCCCAGCGGUUCUGUGAGCACGGAGACCUCCCCUCCAGGCACAUCCUGAUGCAGCAUGGACCACUGCCCGAGAAGGAAGAGGACAUCCAGGCUUCAGCAGACGGCCCGACGUGGUGCUGGUGGCUCCUCUCCAUCCUGCCCCUUGACCCGUCCUACCAGCUGAACCUCCUGUCCUGCACAUCGCUGCGCGCCCGCCUGUCGCAGCUGCAGCACAUCCUCACGGCCCUGCUGCAGCAGCCCCCGCCCCGCCACCUCCUGCCCGAGCGCAGCCCCCGGGGCCGCGUCUGACCCUGCCCUCCCUCGGGACACACCUCCACCCUUGGGUUUCUCUGUGUGUUGCUCCACGGUUUGAGUGUGGUUUGAGCCCCCCCUCCCCGCCAAAAUAGUGACCUCAGCCGUGAGCUGGGCACCCUCUGCCCGGCUGCAGCAACAGCGACACUGUGCCAGCCGGGCCACCUCUGUGAGCUGCUUGGUGCCACUGCUGCCGUGCUGUGCCACCAGAGGGGAUACUGGGGUGCAGAGCUGGGUUGUGUCUCCAAAGCCCAAAUCACUUGCUGAGUGGCUUCUGCACGGAGGAGGAUUCUCCUUAGGACAGAGGACUGAGUGCAGGGAUUGCCUCACUUUUGGUUCUUUCACUUUGAAGGACAGCUUAGGGGUUUUAUAGAUGGUCCUGCCCCCUGCAGCAGAUUUAGAGGCUGGGGAGAGGUGGCACUGGGGAAGCAGAGAAGUGCCAGUGGCUUCCCCCAUCCUGGGGAGCUGGCUGUGCCACUGCUUACAGCUUUGACUUAGUUUGUAUUUGAACAGGAAGAAAGGUUAAAUUAAACAGUCUGAAACUCAUGGUCCUGCUCCUAACCACCUCCAUGGCCACAUGGUGAGGAGAUGGUUCUCUUUGAAUGCUCUCAGGUCAAGACAUCCCCUUCCCACUGCUCUGCUCGGUGCUGUGCUGUGUUUGCUUGCCAGGGCACUGCCAGGCACUCUCCUGACUGCCGGCUCCAAUGCUGUGAAGUACCGUGGGAGGGGGCAAUAUGUCGGCUUUGGUGCUUUUCCCCCUACCCAAAGGCUGCUGUUCCCAACCCUGGCUGGGUUCAGGUUACAGGGUCGGACCUGGGGGCUGGGAGGAGCUGAUAGCACAAGGGAGUUAACUCAGAAAGUUUUGUUGUGAGACUUUCUGCUCCUUGACUAAUGCAAUUUUUCCCUGCUCUGUGUUUCUUGUGAACUUUCUGCCUCCUCAGGAGAAAAUCAGGAUCUGAGCCAAGGCUGGACCCUUGCACUUGGGACCGAGAAUAGUUCAGUGUCCCCCAAAAGAGCACAGUGAAGUCAAAGGGAUCCACAUCUCUGGAGAGGCAGGGAGGGGGUAGGAUCAGUGACUGAGGCCAUGAGCCACAUGUCAGGGAGCGAGUGCUUGGCUGCUGCUUGUCUCUAGACACAGGGCAAAGACUCUCUUUGGACAGACCAGGCCUCCAUGGAAGUCCUGAAGAUUUGGGAUUUUUGUUUUCAUCCAUAAUUUCAGUGGCUUUGGAUUCAAUUCUAGGAGUGACAGCCACUCAGUCGUUGGAUUACAAUUGCUUCUGGAAUUUUAUCCCUGCAUUUCUCAAAGUUCCCACACCGCCUCAGAGAGCUGUGGGGGAGCAGAUCAGUGCAGUGAUCCUUACUGCAUGUGUUGCUGGGCUGAGCCUGGGGUGGGAGACUGCUCCAGAGAGGUCCCUGCUCAGGGCCACCACCUUUCCCUGUCCUUCUGCCUCCCGGAAUGAGAAGUGCCUGUCCCUCCUCUUCAUCAAAGUGCCUCCCUGGAGCAACAGUCAGGAACUGAGGGCUUGCUCCCCAGGAAUCUCUUUGAGCACAGGGCAGCUGAGGACAGCUCGGAGCUGGAUUUGCUCCUCUACCUUUGAGCUGUGCUGCUGGCCCAGGAGCACCACGAUUCCCAAGGAGCCAUAUCCCUGGGAUGUCAGAUUGGCAUGGGCUGGGGUAGGUGAUGAAGGGAUGCUCUGUGGUCCCAGGGCAGGUGGCAGGAUGACACUGAAGUUUGGGAAGUGCCUUUCUUUCCCCAGGAUCAAUGUGGGCUCACCCAGUGACAUCACCACCCCAAGCCACUCACCUGCCCCGAGUUGCCAUUUCCCCAGGGCUGAGAGGUCUCUGUGGAUCUCUCCAGCAAGGGGCUGGCAUGGGGGCACGCAGGGAGAAGUGUGGCUCUGCACUGUGUCACACUGGGGAGGAGCCAGGGACCAGAGCUGCGUCUGCCUGGCUGCUUUGGGAAGGGAUCUGUGCAACUUGCUCCAGUUUGCUUGGAGCACCUUCGUGGUUUUUAUUACUAUCUUUGCUCUUGGAAUUAAAUUUUCUUUCUGGUCAUUGAAAUAAAGACCUUUGUUGUUGUU